AUGAUUGGCGAACGGACUUUCAUGGGUUGGCCGUUCCUGCAGGAAGGAUCGGUUGUGGCGGUCUCUGAUUCGUUGUUCAAGUACGAGAAGAUGACAGUCGUGCCUGGGACACCGGCCAAGGUCGUCUCAAACCCACACGCGCCUCAAGGAUUGGGCCAUUGGAAGAUGAAGGCCGAUUGUAUCGAGCAGAUUUACUCUAAACGAUCAGGAGUCAUUACACGCACUGUUGACAUUCUCCUACACGUCCUUCCUCUAAAAGGUCUGAAACGAUUGGAGUCUGGUGCCUUUGUGAAGGACUAUGAGGGCCCAGAAAGGGAAACGGAACACGCGGUGCAGAUGUGUCUUCCCGAAGUUGCUUCAGAAGAUCUUCGCUCCCUCGAACGCGACGCACCUCCUUUGUCAGAGGAGUUCCGUGACAGUAGCAAGAUUUUCAUCCUGGGGGAACACACGUAUGGGGUGGCUGCUUCGGUCUCUGCCACGACCGAAAUCAGUUUGUCUGUGAUACUUGGAUUCUUCCUGGCCGAAAUGGCUGAGAAUGACCAGUUCAAAGCCGUCGUACAGAAUCGACGAUCUAGCCACUACUUCCCCUCUUUUAAAGCUGCAGAGACGGUUGGAAUCUCGGGGCGGGCUUUGGGGAAGAUUACAUCAAGUUUCAUGAUCACCAUGUCUGAUGAACAGAGGACCAAUGUCGGCCUGAGCCUCAAAUUCGAAGCGAAGGCUUUGAAGGUCGUCGACUAUUCUCGCGAAGAGGGCCGGCAUUGGGAGUAUAGCGAGAGGGCAAUCGACCUGAUCCGAAAGUACAAGGUCUGUUGGUUUCUACGGGCUCUGACACUUCAUCAAGGUUUUCGGGUUUCCCAUGAAUGA